GCACAACGUAUACAGUCUAGAUUGCGGGAAUGGGACAAAAUCGAUCCCAGUGACAAGGAGCGUCGGAUGCAGAUAAACCGGGAGCUAAAUGAGCUGUUGGCCUCUGAGGGCAUCCAUAMCGAAGGCGAAUUGGAGGGGGAGGGUGGGCAUGUACACUCAGCCUCACAGUUCCCGCCGCCAUCGUCCUUGCCCGGUGACGCUGGCGAUGGUACUUUGGCCCCAGAGGAGUGGGAAACGUUCGCAUUGCUCGAUGGGCCAGGAGAAGGCGACGACCUAGCGGRAGUGCGACGAAGGAGAGAGCGCGCAGCCCGACGGAAGAUGACUGCGGAGCAGAAAGACCGGCUGUUGCAAGAAAUGCCACAUCUGGUGUGGUAUGUCCAUCUGAAGCAGCAUCCCUUACUGCCUGCUGUGUGCUCUUUCCUCCGAGAUGGCGACUGCAACUGCGGGCUUCCCGGCAAUUGGUUCCUGACGACGGAGAAGCUGAUUCAGCUCGCUCUCUCGCCUGAUCGUAAGGCGGCUAUCAAUGCCUCCUACCCCGUCUGGCAAUCCAGACCGUUGAACGUAAGCCAAGAGAUGGCCCUGGACGCACGGGGACGGUUGGUCAAGUCCCGCGACGAGAAGGCUUGCUACUUGAUCGUUGACAACCAGAACGGAGGUUUCCAGACGAUCGUGGAUAUCGUUGGGGAUCACAGCUCCAUGGAGUGCAGAGAACGAGCGGCCGCAAUCAUCUGGCAUGUGUCGAAUGUUACGGGAGAUACUGCCUCCAACAACGACAACACAGAAGGCCGUCCUUACGAUCCUCUGCGCGACGUUUCAGUCUCUCGAUUGGCAAAGGCAGGGAUCAACCUCCUGAGCGCCGCGGUGCGACAACCAUCGCCGGAGCUGCAGGAGAACGCAAUGGGCGGGUUGCUCCACCUCGCCCAUUACCACGGAAUCAAGGAGUUGGUCUUCUCUGGGAAAGAGGGCAAAACCCGCAUCGAGCAMGUGGUACAAAUGGCCGCCAACGCCUUGACAAACAACACCUGUCUGUAUGCGCUGUACCUUCUGGGGGUCAUCGUGUUCCCGGCCCGRGGGUAUGCCAGUUAUCAGCACCUUGACUCCGUGAGGAGCUUCGAGGAGCUUGACAGAUGGGCUGCAGGCCCGACGCAGAGGCCCCGGCGUCGCCGAGAGUCGCUGGACAUCAACGGYGGCGUCCASCGGCUGUGGAUCCAGCCCGCCCGCGCCUGCUUUCGAGAGUCGAGAGCGCUUCCCGAGCUGAUUAAUCUGGCGCUGUCGCAGGGAAGCUCUCGCGAUUCCAAGGAGUUGGACCUCUACGAUGUUGCUGGUGAAUUCUCGAAUCUUGCUAUCCAGAUCUUGAGGUCUGGUAUGCAAGACACAGACAAGCGAGGCCCAAUCACUAAAGGAGAGGCGUCAGAUAAAAUUCCGGAUGAGGUUCCACGUGGCGGAGUUGAUGUGCUGACAGCGAUGGUGGAUUUAGUUAGGAGUGAUCUAUUAUACGAACAUGCAGAUAAGCAUAUUGAUUUCGUAGAGUGGGAGGCCAUACUUGAGGAGCCAUUGCGCGGGCAUCAGGGUCCUGUGACUCUGCCAUCUCCAGCCUAUGUUAUGAAACCACCUGCUGCUACCCCACCAUCUCCACCCUCUGUUACCCCUCCCCCUGCGCCACAGACAUAUCCGGCCUCUGGUGUAAUGGUUCCACCAUCAGGGUCCCCAUCUCCAGCCUCUGUUUUAGAUAGACCUGGAGCCCAGCCAUCUGUGCGUCGAUCGUUGCCUACUGCAAGGGCUCUAACAGGUCCUGUGACUCCGCCGUCUCCAGCCUAUGUUAUGGAACCACCUGCUGCUACCCCAGCAUCUCCACCCUCUGUUACCCGUCCCCCUGCGCCACAGACAUAUCCGGCCUCUGGUGUAAUGGUUCCACCAUCAGGGUCCCCAUCUCCAGCCUCUGUUUUAGAUAGACCUAGAGCCCAGCCAUCUGUGCAUCGAUCGUUGCCUAGUGCAAAGGCUCUAACAGGUCCUGUGACUCCGCCGUCUCCCGCCUCUGUUAUGGAACCACCUGCUGCUACCCCACCAUCUCCAGCCUCUGUUAUGCCUCCCCUUGUGCCACUGCCAUCUCCGGCCUCUGCUAUGGCUCCACCAUCUACUCCAACGCCAGAACCGACGGUUCUGAACAAGUCAUUGUUUGUGAAUGCAUCAGUCAGAGUCGCAAUCUACCACCCAAAGGAGUACGCUAGGUUCGCCACAUCUCGUGAAGACUGUGCGCGAAUCAUCUAUCAUCUGGUGCCGCUGGCGGUCUCUUCUGCCAGUUGCAGUCUCUACUAUAUGCUGGCCGACUUUUGCUGGCCCAGUGGGAAAGCCGAGUGGGUAAGCAUGUCCCUUAGGAGAGCGAAUCUCUCCCUGGAGCAGCAAACUCCUAUCUACCCAGACACGGACGAGUCUCUCGUUGUCACGUACUGGUGGCCGUAUUCCACACCGAACGGAACACGUAUCUCUGGCUCUGGCCAGAUCAGCAACGAGACGAUGGCACGGUUUCUGGGAUUGAAUAUCGCACGGGAUGGGACACAUCUUUUUCUAUUUACGAUUCCCAGUACCGGCGGGGGAGGAUCAUCAACGAUGACGUCGAUAUCAACAGUUAACGGUUCCCGUCUCUCUGUCGAGGUAGGGGAAUUCAACGACGCUACCUUUUCGACGGCCCCAAACAAGACAAGUCUUUACGUGGUGGAGGACGCUUACAAUUCCUCCUUGGCGAUACUUCAUACGCAGCUUAGUGAUUCGGGGAUGCCACUCAGCGUCGACCCCACAAGGAGAGAGAUACGCCCUAAAGAAAGUAGUAUGGGUUCCAGGGCUAGAAGCAUGCAGCUGUUCUUCCAGAGCGGCAUUGCAGACGGGAGGUGCUUUUACUUCUCCGACACAACCCAGAACAAUGUGUGGGGAUUCGAUCCCUUGACCUAUGAGUAUACUCUCAUCGCGGGAACGGGACAGGAGGGCGCCGCUAAUGGGGAUGGCCGCAGUUCUUCGUUCAGAUGGAUGACACAUUUAGCGACAACUCCGGAUGGGUGCAAUGUCUUUGUCACCGAGGACCCAAAUGACGAACGCCCCAGCUCCGUUCGCUGGCUACAGCUUGAUUCUCCCUGCACCACGGCCACAUCCGUCUCAACCGUCCUCGAGGCUCCUCGUCGUAGUGGGGGGUUUAAGAGCUUAGCGCUGCAUGAUUAUGAUAGUGGCAACCGUCUCAGACUCUACGUAGGAACCGAUGAUGCGGUUAUUUACGAGUUGGAAAUGAACAAGUCUACCCUACCCACAUGUGCACGUCCUCCUCCCCACCGUGACCCCAUCAUCCCUGAUUGGGUUUCCCGCAUUGCGAUCUCUAUUCUUGUGGGAUUCGCAUUGGUGGUGACCAUUGCCAUUUUUGUUCUAGUUAUCGUCAGGCGGCGGAGAAGGCAUCCCCCAGCAGCUGAGGAGGGGCCGGGGGGCGGCCGGGUAUCACUGUUCCUCAGCAGCUGUACCAGCAUGUCGACAAGCACAACAUCGGGGUCGGGGUCGGGGUCGGAGUCGGGGUCGGGAUGGGAGAGGCGGGGGAGGGAUAUCAACUUGUCUCAGAUAAGGCAGUUUGAUUUAGCGACCUUGUCGCUCUGUACUUGUAAUUUCGACGAUCGCUAUCGGAUCGGGCAGAAGGGGGCAUUCGGGGAAGUAUACAGGGGCAAUAUCGACGGUAAGGAGGUGGCAAUCAAGGUGAUGGCCGGCGAUCUCACGAGGGAAAAGCGGAAGCAGUUCGUUGCGGAGGUGAACGCAUUGUGCAGAGUCAAUCAUGUAAACCUGAUUGAACUGAUCGGCUUUUGCGAAGAGGGAGAUCGUUGCAUACUGGUGUAUCCAUACUUUCGAGGGGGAAGCCUGUACGAGCGCCUGCAAAGCAAGCAGAGCCUCGGCAAUGCCCAACUUGAGAAGAGUCUUCUGCCGCCGUUGACGCUUGAGGAACGCAUGAGAAUAGCCUUCCAGAUCGCGCUGGCCUUGAACUAUCUCCAUGGGAGCACCAGGCGACCAAUCAUCCAUCGGGAUAUCAAGAGCAGCAAUGUCCUUCUAAGCGACGGCAAGGGAAAUAAGCUUCAUGCCGUUCUCGCAGAUUUCGGGUUGGCGACGAUGGGGGAGAGAGUUUUUGGAGAUGACCAACACGACCUCAUAGAGACGGCCCACAUUAGCGGCACAUUCGGGUACAUGGCCCCCGAGUACCUGCUCAGAGGAGAACUGUCUGAGAAAAAUGAUGUGUACGCGUUCGGAGUCCUCUCUCUCGAACUUCUCACGGGGAGGAAGGCCGCCACACGGGCGCCUUCUGGGACGGAGGGCGUGCUGACGCUGAGGGAAUGGGUCAAGCCAUUCCUUGAGGGAGGGCAGCAGUCUCAGACCAAAGUGCCCCCCUGCGAUCCUGCUCUUGAGAUGCUCCGGGCCUUUCUGGAUCCUUGUCUGAGGGAUGAAGUGGCCGAGGCUUCAACAACAGAGAUGGUUAUGGAUAUGAUCCAGUUGGCCUGGGUGUGCGUCAAGAUGGAGGAUGAUGAGAGGCCCACGAUGAAUGUGGUGGUCCACCGCAUUCAGGGAAUUCUGGAGAAGGCUACAUGUAUUCAGCCAAACAUCUUCAAGUUGGGGGUUGAACAAGCCUAAUAAAGGUGUUUUUUUUUUGUUUUUUUUUUUGGGUGGGUUGGGGGGGGGGGGGGGGAGGAAGGGAGCGGGGGAUAAUCUACCUGUUUUGUGUUUGUUUGCACCGCACCUUAUAAAUGCCAAAAAAAAAAAAACCUGCCUGAAAGGCCGUCCUGUCCAGAUUUGACAGGUACUUGGAACUAGCCUAAUUUACUGUGGUGACCGCUGUGUCUCCUCCUUCAGGGUGGGCCGGUGAUGCCCUCCUCGCUAGGGGGACGCAGAAGCAUUUGCCAACGGACACAGGGGCCCGUUUCCCAGCUUGUAUAAUAAAGUUUGUUAUUUAAA